ACAUGUGAACAGUUGCGUGAACAGAGCGAAGAAGUUAUUACUGAAAAUAAAAUUUAAGGAAAAUCACUCGUCGUUGUUCUACCUUUGUGACGAUUACCGACGUGAUCACAUAUAAAAUGACUAAGUUUAAGUUACCUGCCAUCCCGAUUGUAGUUUUAAUUAUCUUGUCGGCAAAUUCAUCCGUCGGCCACAGAUAUUUCGAGUUCGACUCAUCGUGGCCAGACGAAUCUGUACCCGAUUUACAACUACAUGGCACUGCCAUAGCACCGGACUACGAAAACAAUCUGGUCGUCUUAAAUCGAGGCAGUCGGCAUGCGAUUCCCGAUCGAAACCUAACGAUUGACGAGGACAUAGUGACUGUUCUGGAUCACGAAACUGGAAAAGUUUUAAGGACUUGGGGAAGGAACUUGUUCCAUCAUCCACACGGCAUUGAGACAGCGAGUAAUGGAGAUAUAUUCAUAACCGAUUCACAUUUACAUCAGGUGUUCAAGUUCGCUUACAUUCCCGAAACCAAACUGUGGAACAAUGAAUCGAUAAUGACACUAGGUGAAAGGCUCGUCAACGGUAGUGGUCGCUACCAUUUUUACAUUCCAGCCGAUGUGGCAAUCGAACCAGAUACGGAAAAUUUUUACGUUGCAGAUGGAUAUGGCAACACCCGAGUUGUCAAGUUUGAUAGAUGCGGAAAUUACAUACUGGAAUUUUCAGCAGGAUCAUCCGACGGCUCGGCUCCUAUUCCAUUUAACAUUGUCCAUAUGUUAACGGUUGCUGUUCGCCAUACACCGACUGCAAAUAGAGCGUUGAGACGAAGUGCAGCCAAUCAAGACAUUGUUGUAGCUGUGGCCGAUCGUGAUAAUUUCAGAAUUCAAUAUUUUAGCGGAAAUGGAUCUUUCCUGUACGAACAAACAUCGGCGCAACUGGGAACACCAAACACGUUUUUAAUGAGUGUGGCCCAUGUCGAUGUCAAUCCACGAGAAGCGCCUUAUAAUGCCGAUGUCGACGCCGAGUUCGGUAUUGUUUAUGCUGUAGAUCUUGGUACAUUCGCUAUACCACCAGUCGUGAUCGAAAUCGGUGUAGGAUGGUCAGAACCAUCGAUAAUAUCGCAAUUUUCCACAAAUAUAUCGGAUCCUUUUUUGCGCAGAGGAGCGGCUCAUGAUAUCGCCGUCAGCAAAAAUGGAGAGGAAGUCUAUGUUGUCGUAUCGAACUCAAGUUCACUGAUCAUAAAGAGAUUCCAAAUGAAAGUUGAAAGUAGUGCGACUAGGAGCGUUCUGAUGUCCAGUUUGUUUAUGUUCAUCAUGACGUAUCUGAGCUCAGCACUGCUUACACAGUAGAACAAUUUUAGUAAGUGAAUAAUGUUAUGAAAUCAGAAAUUUGAAACAAAAAUGUAUCGACAGUCCACACUUCCGUAAUGUUGAUAUUUUUACGCUUUAAUAAAAGUUAAGCAAAUGAAAAAUG